CAAGUGACCAAAACGCUGAAACACUUGAGAGUUUCAGAUCCCCAAAGCUACAAGUUCCAUAGGUUCCCUCACUUUUUGACCAAUCCGGCGUCGUUUUGAAGUCUGCUGAUCUGAAACAGAGGCUGAAAGAAAGAUGGAUGCUUUGAGAAAACAAGCCAGUAAGCUCAGGGAGCAGGUCGCUAAGCAGCAACAUGCUGUGAUAAAGCAAUUUGGUGGGACUGGUUAUGAGAGCUCAGAUGUAAUGGUGAUAGAUGAGGUUGAGAUGCAGAGGCAUCAACAGCUUGAGAAACUGUAUAGGUCUACUCGUGCAGGAAAGGAUUUUCAGAAAGAAAUUGUAAAAGCCGCAGAAGCAUUGACAGCAAUAGGAUAUAAGCAUAUUGAAGCAGGGACCAAGUUGUCUGAGGAUUGUAGCAGAUAUGGUGCUGAAAAUGUCCAUGAUAAAAUUUUAGCUAAAGGUGCAUCUAUAUACGGUGAUGCUCGUAAGCAUGUGGAAAAGGAACAAGAAGACUUGAAUAAGUUGUUAUCUUCACAGGUUUUAGAUCCGUUAAGAGCGAUGAUACUUGGUGCUCCUUUGGAAGAUGCUCGCCACCUUGCACAACGUUAUAGUCGAAUGCGGCAGGAAGCAGAAACACAGGCGGUUGAAGUGUCCAGAAGGCAAGCACGAGUAAGAGAAAUUCCCAACCCAGAAAAUGUUGGAAAGCUGCAUGCGGCAGAAACAAAGAUGAAAGAAAUAAAAGCAAAUAUGGCAAUUCUGGGUAUAGAAGCUUCAGCUGCAUUGGCUGCUGUGGAAGCACAGCAGCAAAGACUAACUUUUCAGAGGCUUGUUGCACUGGUCGAAGGAGAAAAGAAUUAUCAUCUCAGAGUGGCUUCCAUUCUUGGUGAGGUUGAAGCUGAGAUGGUCUCAGAGAAACAGCGUAAAGAGUCUGCUCCGCCUGUGAUUCCCCAAGAGAGCUUCUCGGAGAAAACAAUGUUCUUCUUGGCAGAAGCAACUCAUUCUUUCACUGCUGCAUCGGAGAAGGAACUAAGCUUGUCAGUGGGUGACUAUGUUGUUGUGCGGAAGGUGAGCCCAUCAGGAUGGUCAGAAGGAGAGUGCAAAGGUAAAGGAGGGUGGUUUCCAUCAGCAUAUGUGGAGAAGCGUCAACGGAUUCCAUCCAGUGAUGAUCUUUCUUCGGAAGUUUACUGAUGGCAGCCUUUUGUUGAUGGUUUGUUUUGUUUUCACCAUAUUUGUUUCUAUCUAUAAGUCCGACAAAAUUCACUAGUGUUUCCCUGCAGUGUUGCCUCCAUCACUGUGUAGUAGACAUGAAUGUUCAUAUUGAGGCAUUAUGUAGUACGGAUACUUUUGUUUGUUCAUAGCUUCUGCAGAUGUUAGACAGAUUUUGAGGCAUUGUAAACACAAGUAAUACUAUUGAUAUAAGGUUCUUCAUUCACAUGUA